GCUCCUUCAUUACUCGCACUUUCCUGAGAGAUCCCUCUCAAUUUCCUAUUUUCCCUUCCUAUCCCUUUUCUAGGUUUUACUCUCAGCUAUGUCUGCCGAAGUUGAAUACAGAUGCUUUGUCGGCGGGCUCGCCUGGGCCACCGAUGACGAGGCCCUGCAGCGAGCCUUUUCUCCCUAUGGCGAUAUCCUUGAAUCGAAGAUUAUCAACGACCGCGAGACCGGUAGGUCCAGAGGCUUCGGAUUCGUGACCUUCGGCAACGAGAAGGCGAUGAGGGAUGCGAUCGAAGGUAUGAACGGUCAGAACCUCGACGGUCGUAACAUUACCGUCAACGAAGCCCAAUCCCGUGGAAACGGAGGAGGUGGCGGCGGCGGCGGUUAUGGCGGUAGCCGUAGCGGUGGUGGUUACGGAGGCGGUGGACGCCGUGAAGGAGGUGGUGGUUAUAGCCGAGGCGGUGGUGGAGGUGGUUACGGUGGUGGUGGUGGCGGCUACGGUGGUGGCGGUAGCGGCGGAGGCGGUUAUGGUGGUAGCCGUGACCGUGGAUACGGUGACAGCGGUGGUUCGAGGUAUUCUUCCAGGGGUGGCGGCGGCAGUGAAGGCAGCUGGAGGAGCUGAAUGAUUUGCUUAGCGUUUAUUUAGGCUUUUGAUGAUUUGUGUUCUCGUUGAUUUGAGUGUUGGUGCUCUGGCUCGUUCUGGUUCUCUAUGUUAUGGCUUUCAGUUUGGUGCUCUCUUUUUUGACCGAUGGUUCCCGUGUUCCGAGGUUAUGUUACCCAAAAAUGUGAAAGAAAAUUACUUUAAUGAAAUGAAGUAUAUAUGUUCUUUCGAAUA